UCCGCGACGUCCUCAGUCACUACAAUGUAGACUGCUGUUGGGCGAAUCUGAAAGUCUUGUAGCGUUCAAACGGCUGAGGAAACCCAGAUCCCAGUGAGAAGAGAUUAUCAGACCCCAGCCUACCCCCCUUCGUCACAACAAAACUGAAGAAUGGCAGGAAAUCUGAAGGCAGAAAUCGAGGCGGCAAAUGUCAACUUUAUGCGCUGCUUUGAUGGCGGAGAUUUUGAUGGUCUUUCGAUGCUCUACACGGAGGACUGCAAGCUCAUGCCGACCGGAAGUGCCACACUAAUCGGCAGAGAGGGUGUUAAGGCUGUCUUUUCGUCAGCGUACAACGGCGGUGCAAAGAAAGUGCAGUUGACUGUUGCUGAAGUCGGAGAGCUCGAUGCCAACUUCGAAAUGGCUUACGAGCGCAGUCAGUACAUCUUCUUUAAGGAGGAUGGCACUGAAGCAGACAGGGGAAAAUACGUGGUGAUCUGGAAAAAGGUGGAAGGCAAGUGGUACCUAUACACGGACAUCUUCAACACUGACCUCAAGUAGAGUGUGCAUGAUAACAGCCUGAUGAAUAGCUAUCCCGCUCACUUCGUACUCCAAAGCUGUGGACUUCUGCAUUGCCAAGACCCAUGGAGGUUAUUGAUAUUGCUUCUUGCGAUCAGCUCCUUGAAUAUAUUUUAGCCCAUUUCUCCGUAGUGAAUUGUUUUAGUGAGUGACUUACUAUCUUAUAUGUAGUUUCUUUCAGCACAGUAUGCUGCGUGACUGUUGUAGGCCCUUGUCGAAUGACAAGCAGCCUGGUCUAAUAGAGAACAUCAUUGUCAAUUUUAGAGAGUAUUUACCUCGGAUACCACCUUCACGAUAAUCUCCUCUUCUGAAAAGUAUAGAUCUAACGCUAAGAGUAUAAACGGUACCAUUCUGCAGUGUGUCAUGUACGAGUAGGAUGCAUAUGUGUCCGGAAGAGACGGUGUACUCGUAUCA